AUGAAUAAAAGUCGACUAAUAAUUGUUUGUUCUCUUUUUGCAGAGGGUGUCGCAGGUGCGGCAGCGUUUCGUGCAGAUGCAGCAUUGGUUGUCACUUGGUACAAUACGGCAUCUGCGAUAGCCGGACAGUCGGAUAUCGAAGCCGGCCGAGUGGCCACCUAUCAAGUCAUUUGGCUUACUGAUCAGCCAGGACGACUCAGCUACGUGAUUAUCAAUUAUGAUAAGCUUGGAUUUGAUGCGGCUGAUUUCCGAGGUAGUUCUCGAAGUGGUCGAUGUCAGGCUCUAUUCAAUGGUGGUAAUCAUACAGGUACGGUGCCGGUUGAUCCCACGUUCAUGUACAAAAAUACGCCUAAAGUAUUGGCUCAACGAUCUGGCGUUCCACAUAUUGUGCGUGGACGAUACAUGUUCCGUGUUGAUGAUGUGGUUCGCCCAUGCGGAUGCUCGAACAAAACCGGUGGCACAUGUGAGUUUGUUGAACGCUUUGAUGCAACGUUCACGAGUCGGAACAAUGUGCUAAUUGAUAACGUUCAAACUGUUACCUCAAUAUCGCAUCCAAUGUAUUUUUGA